UGCUAACGAUACUUAAAAAAGCAACCCUAAUGUUCCAGCUGGAUUACUGAGCAGUUUUGUGAUUCCUGGAGGUGCUGCGGUUUAAAUUAGAAAUUGUCCUUAGUACCUGGCCCAUCAUCCCAGAAGCUUCCUUUGGGGUACUGUAUGCAAGUCCUUGACAUUCUGGAAACAAUGGGGAUUGGUAAGAAUACCACUUCGAAAUCAGUGGAGGCGGGAGGCUCAACAGAAGGCAAAUACGAGGAUGAAUCUAAACAUCCCACCUUUUUCACCCUGCCUGUCGUGAUAAAUGGUGGAGCAACAUCCAGCGGUGAUCAGGAUACAGAAGACACAGAGUUGAUGGCCAUCUAUACUACAGAAAAUGGCAUAGCAGAAAAGAGCUCUUUGGCAGAGACGCUGGACAGCAGUGGCAGUUUAGACGCACAGAGAACUGAUAUGAUUUACACUAUCGAAGACGUUCCUCCUUGGUAUCUCUGCAUAUUUUUGGGGUUACAGCAUUACUUAACAUGUUUCAGUGGAACUAUAGCAGUGCCCUUUUUGCUAGCUGAUGCCAUGUGUGUUGGAUUUGACCAGUGGGCUACCAGUCAGUUGAUUGGGACCAUUUUCUUCUGCGUGGGCAUCACUACAUUGUUACAAACGACUUUUGGGUGCAGGUUACCCUUGUUUCAAGCGAGUGCUUUUGCAUUCUUAGCACCUGCUAGAGCAAUACUCUCCCUGGAGAAGUGGAAAUGUAAUAAUACAGGUAAUUUUACAAACGGAACAACAGAACUGCUUCACACUGAGCACAUCUGGUAUCCCAGAAUACGAGAGAUCCAAGGUGCUAUUAUCAUGUCCUCCUUGAUAGAAGUGGUGAUUGGUUUGCUUGGCCUUCCCGGCGCCCUGUUGCGAUACAUCGGACCUCUCACCAUCACACCAACUGUUGCUCUCAUCGGCCUGUCUGGUUUCCAAGCUGCUGGAGAAAGAGCAGGCAAACACUGGGGUAUCGCUAUGUUGACUAUUUUCCUAGUAUUGUUGUUUUCUCAGUAUGCCAGAAAUGUCAAAUUUCCUUUACCUAUUUACAAAUCCAAGAAAGGAUGGACAGCAUACAGGCUGCAGCUUUUCAAGAUGUUCCCUAUUAUUUUAGCUAUUUUGGUGUCAUGGUUGCUUUGCUUCAUCUUCACUGUGACAGACGUCUUUCCCCCUGACAGUUCCAAGUACGGCUUCUACGCUCGCACAGACGCACGACGAGGAGUGCUGUUGGUGGCUCCAUGGUUCAAGGUUCCUUAUCCUUUUCAGUGGGGACUGCCAACAAUUUCUGCUGCUGGAGUAAUAGGAAUGCUUAGCGCAGUUGUUGCUAGCAUUAUUGAAUCAAUAGGAGAUUACUAUGCCUGUGCCAGGUUGUCUUGUGCUCCUCCUCCACCUAUUCAUGCAAUAAACAGGGGGAUUUUUAUUGAAGGUCUCUCCUGUGUUCUGGAUGGAGUAUUUGGGACAGGGAAUGGAUCCACUUCUUCCAGCCCUAACAUUGGUGUCUUGGGCAUCACGAAGGUUGGAAGUCGCAGGGUUAUUCAGUAUGGGGCGGCCUUCAUGCUCCUGCUUGGGAUGGUCGGCAAGUUCAGCGCUCUCUUUGCGUCACUGCCUGACCCUGUGCUUGGUGCCCUCUUCUGCACUCUCUUUGGGAUGAUUACAGCUGUGGGUCUGUCUAACCUCCAGUUCAUAGAUUUAAAUUCUUCUCGUAACCUGUUUGUACUUGGAUUUUCCAUUUUCUUUGGACUUGUUCUCCCAAGCUAUCUCAAACAAAAUCCACUGGUCACAG